GGUGUCAGCAGAUAUCACUCAGCUAUUGGUAUCGGUGGAGAAAUUUAGGAUUGGUGCAUCUUAAAACACCUAACUGGAAGCAAUUUUGAGAUAGUUAAGUUAAGAUGGUAUUUGGACCUAAAGAUUAUCUCAGGUUAGAAGAUCCUCAGAAAACUCAUGGUGUAUGUUUCUCUGGUAACUCGUUUACUGACACCAUGUGGCCUUUGCGUGAAACUGCUGAUAUGUUUUCAAAUAUAUGAUAAUGUGGGUAAUUUUUACAUUUACAAAUGAACAGUUUAGACAGCAUCAGUGCAUCUGCUUUUAAAUGUUUUGUCUGGAGAAGGUUGGUUGUAAAAUCACCCUAAACUUGGGAAAAUAUUUAAAGUUCUUGUGACAAGGAUGUAGAGAGAGAGAGAGAGAGAGAGAGAGAGUGAGUGAGAAAGAGAGAGAGGGCGAGAAUAUAUUUGUAUACACAACAUUUCAAAGCAUUGAAAAACGGGUGCCUCUGUUCACUGGAUAUUUAGUAAACACAAAAGCACCAAUAAAGCGAAGGAAACAAGUGCACAAAAGCAGAGGUUUGACAGAACAUUCAUGGAGCUCCUGGGAAACAUUCAAAGUACAAUGAUGACAAGACACCAAAAAGCUGAGGUAAUGAUUGCCGGAGAACAGCUAAGAUUACGACUACAUGAUAGCAAGUUGAUUAAGGACCACAGACACCAUUUGCGGACAUACCCGAAUUGUUUUGUGGCUCAGGAACUAAUUGAUUGGCUGAUUGCUCAUAAAGAAGUGCCUAAUCGAGAGACUGCUGUCCAGCUCAUGCAGCACCUCAUGGACCACGAUAUCAUUCAUCACGUGUGUGAUAAAUGGCCAGUGUUCAAAGACGCCAAAUACUUGUACAGAUUCAGAAAGGAUGAUGGCACAUUUCCUUUCAACAUAGAAGUUAAGAUCUUCAUGCGUGGACAGAGGCUGUAUGAAUAUCUGAUUACAAGCAAAGACUCCAUCUUGCAGCUAAGACAGGAAAAGGGAGUGGCUUAUGAACGUUCUUUUCCUGGUUACAUGUUAAUUGAUUGGCUGCUACAGAACGGUGAAGUAGAGAGUCGACGACAAGGACUAGAUCUCUGCAAGGCUUUACUGGAGCAUGGUAUCAUUCAGCAUGUCUCUCUGAAGCACCACUUUUUUGACAGCGGGCUGCUGUAUCAAUUCUGCAUUAACUUUCGCCGGCGGCGCCGUCUCUCUGAACUGUUGCAUGAGAUAGAGAAUGAAGAGGCUGGAUGUAUAACACAGCAUAACCAAGAAGACCAGGCUGACAGUCCCUUCACUCUGCGCAAAACUUCUCCAUCUGAGAGCAACAGUGACUUCUUAUCUGUUCAGCCUGCUGAUUUAAAUGUGCCUACAAAUGAACGCCAUGGAAGUUUGACCCACCAGCAGCACAGUUCACGUGGACACCCACUGACCGUUUCUCUUACUCCUGCUCUUGCAGUACGAAUCAAUCCAACAUCAGUGCUGAAAAGACAUGUAACCUGUGAGGAGCUGUUAUCUCCAGGUGCUCCUUAUAUAAAAAGAGUUCUUACGAUCAUUGGUGAUGACCUAGGCUGGGGCUUUGUAGUACGGGGAAAAUCACCUUGUUAUGUUCAGGCAGUGGACCCUGGAAGCCCUGCUGCGGCAGCAGGAGUUAAGGUGAUCAUAACACGUAAACACAAACACAAUUGCUUACGCAAUAGAAAUUUAGAAUCCAUCAUCAGCUUCAGCUGGUCUCCGAUUUUCUUUUCUUUUUUUUUCUUUUUUUUGCUUAGGUACGCCAGUUUGUGUGCCGAGUGAAUGGACGCAGUGUGCUUCACUUCGACUAUCCUGCUCUCUCAAAGCUGGUGAUGACUGGACCCCGUUUUGUUACUUUGGAAGUGAUGCAACCACUGGAUUAAUUCAGCAUAGUUGGAAUUAAAUAAUGUAUACAUUUGAAAUGAGUCACUAUGCGUAGUACUACAUGAAGGAUGUGCAAUAUUUUCCCCUCCAUAUAUGAUGUAAAUCUUCCAAUAUAUUAUCAUGAUAUAAUGAAUUUUUUUUAUUGUUAUUUUGAAGUUAAAAUAAACAAAUCAUUACUAAAAUCA